GGGAAAGACAUUUCAAUGUCUCCCUAAUGUAACACAAAUGUACAUGUACCAAAAUUCUUGGAGUAGGAUAAGGUAAAAUGGGAGUUUAGCGGUCAUGAAAGGUUGGAAAUGUUUGUACACAAUCGUAUGGGAAUGUCUCCCUAAGGUAAAGCAUUCUGAAAUAAUAAUUCCCGCCAUAAUCAUCGCCUCUUGCGCGAUUGGUUGAUUCCGUGAGCAUGCGUACUACGUGUGGGCAACACUUUGAUUUCAUGCACCGGACGCGUCCGCGCCGUAUGUUCACGUACCUGGAUAUGUAGUGCAUUCUUCAAGAUACGCUUAUAAACAUGGCAGGAAAGAAGUUAGACGAUGCCCUGGAGUACAUCGGCAAAUACGGCCGAUAUCAGAUCGCCACCAGCGUCAUCGUCACCAUCCUCGGGACGUGGUUUCCGGCCUGGCACACGAUGGGGCUGAUUUUCAUGGCGGACAAACCCGAGUCCUACGAGUGCGUGCGAUGGAGCGGCGGCCACGGAGGAGCAGCGUUGGAUGCAGGGGGGACAGUGAACGCAGCGUUGCACGGCGGUGCUGAUCAGGAAAACGCGGUGAAUCAUGAUUCCAAUCGAACAUCGCCAGACGCUUCCGAUUCAGAAUGCACGGGAGAGAACCCCGGAUCUUCGUCAGGCUCUCUCUGCACAGAGUGGGAGUAUUGUGCACUGUAUAACGAAUCCACCAUUGUUACGGACUUCGAUCUUGUCUGCGACCGUAAAAUACUGGCCGAGACCGCGCAGUCUAUCUUCCUAGCCGGCAUGCUCGUGGGUGCGGUAGUGUUCGGCCACCUUUCGGACGUGUUCGGCAGGAAGAUCAUCCUGCUCGGCACCUGCGUCGCUCAUGGUGUGUUCGGCAUUGUGGUGGCGUUUCUGUGGACCUACACAAGUGUUGUGAUACUCUGGUUUCUGAUCGGAAUGUUUGCACAGGGAUACAACCAGGUCCAAUUCGUCAUGAUAAUGGAGCUGUUUCCAUCGAACUGUCGAACCUUGGCAGGAAGCCUGAACUCAAUGUUUUGGGGCUUCGGUAUAGUGACGCUCACACCAAUUGCUUACGCCCUGCGCAACUGGCGACACAUGCAGCUGGCCAUAUCCGCACCGUGUUUGCUAGCGAUACCUCUGUGGCCGAUUUUGGACGAAUCUGCGCGGUGGUUACUAUCCAAAGGCCGCACCGAUGACGCCCAAAAGAUCCUUCGCAAGAUGGCGCGUUGGAAUGGUGUAGCGCCCCCUUCCGGCGGGUUCCUCAUUAAAGAGAACCCCAUUGAUCCGCCAAGCUACGAAUUGAGUAAAAAUUUGCUUGAUCCAGUGUUUCCUACGCUAAGCCAAAAGAAGUGCACCCUCCUUGAUGUCUUGAGAACUCGUAGGGUCCUGCUGAACAUAUGCAUCGUAUAUUUUGCAUGGUACGUUUCUGCAGUGACCUACUACGGUGCAUCGCUCAAUAGCUCCAAUCUAGCCGGCAACAAAUACACAAACUUCCUGUUUCUCGGUUUGGCGGAAAUCCCCGGUUAUGCCAUCAUCCACUUCACAAUGACGUGGUGGGGGCGCCGUCCAUCUUUAUGUCUCUUCUUUUUAGUUUCCGGAGCGGCGAGUAUAGUCACAGCAUUUCUGCCGGAACAGACAGCGGACGGCACUGAUUUGACCAUUGCAAUCACUGUCACCGCCAUGUUGGUCAAACUCUGCAUCGUAUGUGCAUAUUCCAUCGAUUUGAUUUGCUGCACUGAGGUUUUGCCCACGUCUGUAAGGAAUAUUGGUUUUGGUGUAGGUGCUGUAUGUGGAUGUGUGGGUUUCAUAACGGCUCCAUUCGUGAUAUAUUUGGAUGAUUUUGCGUCUUUUCUUCCGCUGACUGUUUUUGGAGGGUUGUGCAUCCUGGCGGCCAUCUUGGUUCUUAUUCUUCCCGAAACCGGAAACAAACCGCUUCCAGAGUCGCUGGAAGAUGCAAGAAAUAUCGGAAAGAAAGUAUCGAAAACUCCGGAACCGAAUACAGCGGUAUGCACACCCACAACCGAUGCCAAGAUAAAAGAUGGUUCCAAAGUCGACGCACUCUAAUCGAUUCUAUUCUACGCGAAUCGAAUCUCUUCAAAAUAAAAUUAUUCAACCGAAUAAUGCAAUAGUGUAUACAGCAGUAAUAAUGCCGAUGCUGAAGAUAUAUAAUCGAUGUUGGGAAAUGUAUUUGACGUACAUUAUUUUAAUCCUAUUUUUAAGCUCCUGCAACGGCUUCUACAUGUCACUUGGUGGUCGGUCGGUCUUUCCUCGAAAAAUUGAUCAAAAUAAAGCCCUAUAAGUUUCGCACAAAACAUAACUUCAGUACCAAAUUGAAAUGUUCACACACACACACAAAAUAUGUUCGAUACUUGACAUAAUUUUUUUGUAUACAAUAAAUUGGGCAAGAUGUCUAUGAAAAGUUUGUGA